AUGGCCUCUCUUUUUUCUCAAGGAUUGGUGGAGUGUGCUAAGAAGAUUGAAGGUGGUAAGUUGGAUGCUGCUGAUUCACUUUUGGCAGUAAUUCAAUCUCUAGCUUCUAAAGAAGCCAGCACAUCGACGUGGAAAGUUUUCAAAUACUGUGCUGAGGCUCUUGUCCGGCGAACCUAUGGAAUUCGUCCUCCAUGUCCUUCACCCUUUAUACCUUCUCUAUACGAACCAGACGAAUACAAAUUCGAUCCUCUCUACACGUUUUCUACAAUCACCAGUAUACAUGCCAUUGAUGAUGCCUUGAAUUCGGGAAAUAAACGACUCCACAUUAUUGACUUCUCCAUCCGGGUCGAUUUUGGGAGGUGGGAGUCCUUUAUUGAUUAUCACAAAACUCAGUACGGUAGCCUACAAUCAGUCCUAAUAACCAGUAUCGCACCGAAACUGUCAAAACACUAUGACUAUCUCCGUCAAACCGGGGAACGGGCUCGGAACAAAAAUAUGGAAUUGAGGCAAUUGAUAUGGAAUAGUCCGGAUGAUAUUGUCAAUUGUAUUUCCAAACUCAGAAGGAAAAGGGAGGAUGAGAUGAUGGUUGUGAAUUGGGAUUUUAUACUCCACAAAUUGCUUGCGCGGGAUGGGGAAAUGGAGCAAGUGCUUUCAAAAGUGAAGGAUUUGGGAGCGGACAUCAUGGUAAUUGUUGAGCAAGAAGCCAAUCUUAACAGUCCUGAUCUUUUGAAGCGGCUCGAACAAUCAUUCCAAUACUACUCCACUAUUUUUGAGUCACUGGAGAAAACGUAUCAUACCGAAGCGUUAUGGGAGAUAUAUUUCAGGCGACAGAUUGGGAAUGUGGUGGCAUGUGAGGGCGUUGACCGGGUCGAGCGGAUUGACUCAUUUGCUCAGUGGCAAAAUCGCCUCUCUCAGGCUGGGUUUUGUCCAGUUCCUCAACACAAGUUGAAGAUAGAUCUUCCAUUGUCUUUACAUGAACAUGGAAUCGAAGAGGAGGAAGGGCAUCUCCUGCUACAUUGGCACAGUUUUCCGGUAGCUGUAGCCUCAGUUUGGAAGUUCACUGAUCCACCUCAAUUCAGUGGCGGUGAAUAAUACAAUUCCAUCCUUUCCUUUCUCUUCUCUUGUUAUACUAAUUAUCCAUCAAUAAAUUCGCUGUGUGUAUUUUCACUUUAGGCUACUGGAAAAACAUGUUGACAGGUGCUUACAUAAUGCAAGAUACAGUUGAUGACUCAGAAGGGAUGGCGAGCUCCUCUGAGUCUGAGGAUGAUGAAGAAAAUGAUUCUCUAGUUUCCAUAAUGGCAGAAAGAAACUUAUGGUCCUCACAGGUAUCGUUCUUUGUUUCCGAGAUUUAACAAAUUUGCA